AUAUAUCGUCUCGGUCGUUAUAUCCCGUAACGUCGAGAGCCGUCGUAGAAGAGGCGCGUCUAGGGUGCAGCCUCGUCGGAGCAACGUUAACGUCCCGUCGACGUCGACGUCGUCGGUGGUGCGCCGGCCUGCCUACCCGCGUCAUACCCACGUCGCAUACCCCGUGCACGCGCGUACAUCGCCACCACCGUGAUGGCGGAGCUACCUCAGCCCGACAUGUCGCACCUCACCCCCGAGGAGAGGCGCAUCAUAGAGGGUGUUUUAAUGCGCCAAAAGGAGGAGGAGGAACAGGAUCAUGAGAUUAUGAGACGAAAGCAAGAUGAGGUGCAGAUCCUCGAAGAAACGAUACGGAUACGUUCGGAGAAACACAAAAAAGCCGGGGUGGAACUUAACGCCACAUGUCACAUAUGCCUGAAAACCAAGUUUGCCGACGGCGUUGGCCACAUCUGCAACUACUGCGACAUCCGAUGCUGCGCACGCUGCGGCGGAAAGGUCACUUUACGGUCAAGCAAGGUAAUAUGGGUGUGCAUACUUUGCCGAAAGAAGCAGGAACUUCUUUCGAAGACCGGACAAUGGAUGACGAAGACGGGUCUCGGCGCCGUGGAUAACGCGUUGCUGCGGCAAAUGCAGGAGGACUUGCAGGUGGGUGGUCGUCAGGGACUCGCGGACCAAACUCGGGAUAAAAGACCGAAACUCGAGAGGGCGCACAGCGCGGCUGAGAAAGAGAAUUUGCCGUUAUUACAGAGAAGCGGAAACUGUCCUCUCAGGAGACAGUACUCCCAGCAAGAGCAGAUCUCGGGUCGCCGGAUGUCCACGAGCGACAGUGGGGUGGAAAUGUCUGUUUCACCUCACGCGAGAACUUUACCGACACCCCACGUGGUUGGUUCUUACCCGGUGCAACAAACUCCGAGACAUCCUGCAGCCUAUCCUGACGACGAUCCCAAUUUAUACCGAGGCGAGCUUGACGGUCUGAUGAAGCAACAUCCGCAGAACUAUUCGAGACAACGAUUGACUUAUCAAGAUCAGGGUACAGACCUCGGAAUGACUUACGGUCAGACACCGAUGGAGACUGGCUCCGUUCGUUCUGCAGUGCACCCCUCGCAGCAUUCGUUGCAUCAGACGCAGGGCGGACGUUCCGCUCAACCUACGUCAACAGUGGGCGUCACGCAACAAAGAAGUUUCAGUAGCAGCGAGGAAGAACGAAGCACACCGGAGUGCGCCAGUGACGAGCCGGACGAAUCGGAGAAGGGGAAGGGGUGCUACCAUCACGCGGGAGGUCCGAAAUCGAUGUCCAGUGGUGGGCGUAGGCACAACGGAUCCCACAAUGGGCACCACGGGUCGGGCGCGGGCAUGACGGCCGUGGAGCAUAACGGCCACCAUCCACCGCGAGAGCCGCGAAAAGAAGAGAGCACUCUCGUCAGACGGAGCUUCCGAAGGUGCGGCGACGAGUGGCGUGCCGACAGUAGGAGGUUCACGGAGAGAAGGGGGAAAAAGACAGUGCGUUUUGACGGUGGGACCAAUGUCGGCGGCCCUCAGGAGGAGGAAUGGUCUUGGGAGGCCGAUCGGCAGGGUAGCCAAGACAGCGCGACCAAAGACUCCGGGAUAGACACUUCUAGCACCUUCACGAGCAGUGAAGACAGCAACAGGGGCGAUCUGCCCAAGCAUCCAUCCUGGCAAGUGAGCGAGGACGGUCAGAAGCUCAUCGGCCACAUGGUUUUACGAAAAUCGGCCGGCUCUGGAAGCUGUAGUAGUAUACUCGGACUAAAAGUUGUCGGUGGCAAGCUAUUAGAAGAUGGUUCCAUGGGCGCUCUGAUCGAGAAAGUGAAAAAGGGUAGCACGGCGGACGUAGAAGGUCAACUUAGACCCGGUGACGAGGUGAUCGCGUGGAAUGGGAGAUCUCUUCAAAGCAAGAGCUUCCGAGAGGUUUCCGACAUCAUCGCCGAAUCGAGGUUGGAUCCGCAGAUUGAGCUCGUAGUUGAGAGAAAGUUGUCGACAACGGGGAUGGCGCCUGCAGGACCGGGCCCAUCGACACCCAUGGCAUCCAGGAGAAUCGUUGCUCAGAGCCAAUGGAGACAGAAACACGAAACCAUCUCCGGGCCUCCGACGCCGCAUCACAAAGAAUUGUACGACGCGAGGCGUGAGAAACCCUCGGUUUUAGUGACGUCGCCGGGCUCGCCGGACCUGCACGCCCAAGGACGCAGUCGACACUCCCGACAUCCGACCGGAAAUGCGAACGUGGGCGGUAGCAUCCAGGUGAAGUUGGGCUUCGAUCCCGUGGGACUUCAGCUGAUCGUCACGAUAAUAUGCGCCGCGGGGCUCACUCCAAAGAGCAACGGCCAACCCAGAAAUCCUUACGCCAAAGUUUUUCUGCUUCCUGACAAAAGCGAAAAAUCGAAACGACGUACGAAGACUGUGGGAAACACGAACGAUCCUAGAUGGAAUCAGACUUUCGUUUAUAAUGGAGUCAGACGUUCGGAGCUGAGAAAGAGAGCACUGGAGAUUUCGGUCUGGGACUACGCUAGGUACGAGGCGAACGAUUUCUUAGGCGAGGCUGUCCUGGAAUUGGCAGUAUGUCUCCUGGACGAGGAACCAGAAUGGCAUUCUCUGACCGCUCACGGAGAACACCGGCACGUUAGGCAUUACCAAGAUGAUGACAUGAUAGAUUGUCAUCUUAGUCCGCCAUCGACCACAUCGAGAUUAAGUGACUCCGAUACCUCGGAGUGUGACAUUACGGAUUGCGACGUGUCUAGAGAACAAAGGAGAACGGCUGACGGUGCCAGUAUAAGCAGUAUUGGCAGUUCCUCUAGGUUUCAUAAUAUGCCGUCAAAUUAUAAGCGCCACUAUUCUAGCCCACCGCCGGAGAGGGAACUCUGCAUCGAUGGCGAGCAUCGGAGUCGAAGAGAUAUGUCACCUCAGGGACGCAAAAGAGCAGCCCUAAUGAUUUCUCGUGACCAACCCGCUACUAUCGGCUCGAGUUACCAGACAUAUCGUAAAGACGAGAUCCAUCGGGGAAUGAUGGGUCACAGAUCGCACAGCGCGGCACCUAUGGACUCUCCAAACAUCAGAUAUCGAGUCUCAAGAUCUCAGAGUCCCACCGGUCAUCGUUCCUUGUCUCCACCCGAGCACAGAUCCAUUCCCUACUCUUCUCACGGAUACGUUCAUACGACGAGAUUUACCUCGAGAUCGGCGACCGCCACACCUACUGGAUCGCCGAAGAAACGACAGCUACCUCAAAUCCCGGCAGCUUUAAAGGAAAGAGUCGUGCAAGAUUUUGAGGAACGAGCAAGAUUCAUGAGACAUCGCAACAGACAGUCGAUAUACAGGAGCACGGGCUGGGAAAGGCAUUAUAGCGGUCUUUCGGACUCGGAUCUUCCUUCAAUCGGACACGAUCCAUUAUCAUUGUCACACAGUUACGCUCACAGAAUGCACAGGUCGAGGAAGGACCAUUUAAGUCCCGAUAAAGAUAUACUGGGUGAUCUUGGAGAUUCUGACAUGGAAAGCUUAGCUUCGGUAACGAGCAGUGCCUUUAGUACGCAAUCGGAACGACCACGUGGAUCGAGAGCGCUAAUCGAGUACACCAGUCAGUCGAGCUCGUACGAGAAAACGUCCAGACGCCAGGUCACCGACAACGGGCACGAUGAGCACGAUAAGAGAAGUCAGUUCACCAGGAGUCUCAGUAAUGCCGAUGUGCCGCAGGACGAGAAAGACACGGGUAGUUUCAGCGAUACUGCGAUUGCAUUGAACGUUGAAGAAGCAGCGAGGAGAGGCCGUAAGAGCUCACCAGGAAGUAAAAGCGGAAGUGGUAGCAGUAGCGGAAGCGCGGUGCAGUACCAGGCGGGUUUGGGCAAGAAGAGCAAUAGCACCAGCCAAUUAUCCGCGACAGAGUGCGGCGGGAUGAUCAUCAGCAUUGGUGGAAGUGCCGGCGCCGUGGCACGCGGUGCCGGCUUAUCGAGCCGGAAACGUAACAGCACGCCAUGCAGCAUACAACGAUCCGAGGAGAUCAUGCCGGCCUACCAGCGCCUUGACAACAAAGGAUCUGCAGCCAGCGAUACCGCCGGAAGUCUCAACUCGAUCUCUAGUUCCGAAGGAAGCUCUUGGUCUCCCAGUCUGCGAAUGGCAGGCGACGGACAGUUGAGAAACUUCAUUGAAGAUCUCGGACCAGGCCAAGUGGUCGGAAGACAAGCACUCGCUACCCAUUGCCUCGGCGAGAUUCAACUAUCGUUGAGCCAUACAAAGGGUUACCUUGAAGUAGAGGUCAUACGUGCCAAAGAACUCAAAGCGAAACAAGGCAGUAGAGUAAUACCAGCUUCUUACGUGAAGUUGUACCUGGUGAACGGUAAAAAAUGUAUAGAGAAAGCGAAAACCACGACGGCCAGAAAAACAUUGGAUCCAUUUUAUGGUUCGCAAUUAUUGGCUUUCAAAGAAAACUGCCGAGGUUGUAUAUUACAGGUGACAGUAUGGGGGGACUACGGUCGGUUAGAGGGGAAAAAAGUGUUCAUGGGUAUUGCACAGAUCGUGCUGGAUGAGCUGGACCUCAAUCAGAUGGUGAUCGGAUGGUACAAGCUGUUUGACACCCAAGCCCUGGUCAGUGGAGCUUCAUCUCUUGCUUUGUCCCGUCGAUCUUCGGUUACGUCUCUCGAUUCUUUUAAAAUCUAAAAGAAUGACUGCCCGAAGAACGUACCGAAAUAUUCCUUUUACACGUACUUACUGAAGAGAUCUUUGAGUUUCUUGCAGUAGACAAAGUAGCGCAGACACGAUUGAGUUCGAGCUCCUAUCGCGGUGCACCCAAUCGCUUUUAUCAUUAACAAAAUAUUGAAAUGCACGAGUAUCGAUGUACAAGAUUAGUAUUACAUUUAUUUUAAUUGAUUAAACAAUAGAAAGUAUAUGGGAAUUAUUAUAAACGUCUUUAAUAACUUUUAAGUGACACAUAUAAAGUCAUUACUUGAUGAUAUUAAAUGUAGUAUCAAAUAAAUACAUUAGGGGAUAGACAGGGAGAGAAGGAGAGUUCGGAUUACCACUACAUCCAUCGUAUAAAAAUUGAGAGAAGU